ACCUCCAUCUUUUUCGGAUCCUUGUGGCCGCUCGAGUCCUCUCGCCGGGAAACCCGUUCAGUCCACUCUCUGCACUUCAGCCCGCUGAAAUGGCUAAUACCAGAGUCUUCUUCGACAUCUCCUCUGACGGUACUCCAAUUGGCCGGGUGGUGAUGGAGCUCCGUAACGACGUGGUGCCCAAGACCGCUGAAAACUUCCGCGCCCUCUGCACCGGCGAGAAGGGCUUUGGCUACAAGGGCUCCAUCUUCCACCGCAUCAUCCCCGGGUUCAUGUGUCAGGGCGGAGACUUCACCAACCAUAACGGAACUGGUGGAAAGUCUAUCUACGGCAACAAGUUUGCUGAUGAGGACUUCACCCUGAAGCACACUGGUCCAGGUAUCCUGUCCAUGGCCAACGCCGGCCCAAACACGAACGGAUCCCAGUUCUUCAUCUGCACAGCCAAAACAACAUGGCUCGACGGGAAGCACGUGGUGUUCGGGUCCGUGGUCGAGGGGAUGGACGUGGUCAAGAAGAUGGAGUCUGUCGGUUCCCAGAGCGGCAAAACCUCAACCAAGAUCGCCAUUGCCGACUGUGGGCAGCUCUGAGCUCCAGCACUUAACCCUUUCUGCUCGUCCUGUAGCCACACCCCUGUAGGUUCCUCCCCCCCCCCCUCCUCCACCUCUGCCAUUCAACAUUCCUAUUGAUGGAGAUUCAACUGCCCGCUCCCCGCCCCCUCUCCCGCCCCGUCCCUCGCUCCUCGUCCCUCAUUUUUUUUAUUCUGUUGUUGAAAUCAUGUUGCUGCAUUUGUGACUUUGAAAGUUUCUUUUGCAUUAACGUUUUUUUCCACACAUCCCAACGGUUUUUUUGUUAAGUCAAAAAAAAUGAAGAAUAAAACAAAAGUUGCCUUGACAAUUUAAA